AACAGCUGAGGGACCUCCGUCAUGUCGUACUAUGAGCAUAUCUAUGUGGACUAUGACUUUAAUGACACCGGCUCAGGCUCUGGUUCAGGGGACCUGGGUGUGGAUUUUGAGGAGCCAUGUGAUGUGGAGCAUAUAAUGACAGCAGAUCUUCAGCGGAUCUUCCUCCCUGUGGUCUAUGCUCUCAUCUUCACUCUGGGCAUCACAGGAAACGGUCUGGUAGUCGUGGUGCUGGGCUGCCAACGCAGGUCAAAGUGCAGCCUCACAGACCGGUAUCGUCUCCACCUCUCAGCUGCUGACCUCCUCUUUGUCCUUGCGUUGCCAUUCUGGGCCGUGGAUGCAGCUCUGGCAGACUGGCGCUUCGGAGCAGUAACGUGUGUUGGUGUUCAUGUUAUCUACACGGUCAACCUGUACGGCAGCGUGCUCAUCCUGGCGUUCAUCAGCCUGGACCGCUACCUGGCGGUGGUCCGAGCUACAGACACCAACACUGGAGGUCUGAGGCAGCUGCUGGCUCACAGACUGGUUUAUGUUGGUGCCUGGUUGCCUGCUGGUCUCCUCGCCGUGCCGGAUUUGAUUUUUGCCAGGACACAGGAAGGAGGAGAGGGAGCCACUCUUUGCCAGCGAUUCUACCCGGAAGACAACGCUCCUAUCUGGGUAGCAGUCUUCCGCCUCCAGCUGGUCCUGGUGGGUCUGGUGAUCCCUGGUGUGGUCCUCCUUGUGUGCUACUGUGUCAUCGUCACCAGGCUGACCCGGGGCCCUCUGGGGGGCCAGAGGCAGAAGCGUCGAGCAGUCCGGACCACCAUCGCUUUGGUUCUGUGCUUCUUUGUGUGCUGGCUGCCGUACGGUGCAGGAAUCUCUGUGGACGCUCUGCUGCGGCUGGAGGUGCUGCCCCGCGGCUGCAGCCUGGAGGCCGUGCUGGGCGUGUGGCUGGCGGUGGCUGAGCCCAUGGCGUUCGCACACUGCUGUCUGAACCCGCUGCUGUAUGCCUUCCUUGGUGCUGGGUUCAAGAGCUCGGCCCGCAGAGCUCUCACUCUGAGCCGGGCGUCCAGUUUGAAGAUUUUACCUCGAAGACGCCCCGGGGCCUCCACGACCACAGAGUCAGAGUCCUCAAGUUUACAUUCCAGCUAGUGUUUGCUUGUUCUGUACAUAUAUAUGUGUAUAUACUGUGUAUAUAAGUGUGUGUUUGUGUGUAAGAAGGUUUAAACAAAGUAUCAGAGAAAGCAAGGAGCAGUCUGCUGGCCCACGACUGUGAUGGUUCUCUUGUAAAUACUGGUAGAAGAAUUGUUGUUUGAUGCUGCUG